UUAACCCCGACGAGGACGCAGCUGGCCCACAACUGUGAAUUCAUCUCAACGACUUUAUUUGUCCCACUUUUUACGGCGCUAUUUCUAGUAGAUGUUUAAAACGAGCGGAGAGUUUGAGACGUAGUCGAGAUUUAUGGGACACUACGACAGCUGGGAGCUAGUUAAUUAGUCUAACUAGUUAGUUAGUCACCAUCAUGCUGCUCGAGCUGUUUCUUCUCAUCUCGGCAUCAUGUUGCAUCGGAGAGUCAAAGAGGAGGAACGUCCUCCUCAUCAUUGCCGAUGAUGCAGGUUUUGAGACUGAGGUGUACAACAAUUCUGUGGUGCACACCCCUCACCUGCGCUCUCUGGCCCGGCGUAGCCUGGUGUUCAGCAACGCCUUCACCUCCGUCAGCAGCUGUUCCCCCAGCCGCUCCUCCAUCCUCACCGGACUGCCGCAGCACCAGAAUGGCAUGUACGGGCUUCACCAGGGGGUUCACCACUUCAACUCGUUUGACGGAGUGCAAAGUCUGCCGCUGCUCCUCAGCCAAGCCAACGUACACACGGGUAUAAUUGGGAAGAAGCAUGUCGGCCCUGGAUCUGUAUACCCUUUUGAUUUUGCCUACACAGAGGAGAACAAUUCUGUCCUCCAGGUGGGGAGGAACAUCACCCGCAUCAAACUCCUGGUCCGCAAGUUUUUCAAGACACAUGACGAAAAAGCUCAUGAACGAAGGCGAAAGAAAGAAGAGAACAAAGACGACGCGAAAGAUGACGAGAGGCCUUUUUUCCUGUAUGUUGCCUUUCAUGAUACCCACCGGUGUGGACACUCGCAGCCCCAGUAUGGAGCUUUCUGUGAGAAGUUUGGGAACGGGGAAAUGGGGAUGGGUAGGAUACCAGACUGGACACCCGAAUAUUACACACCAGAACAAGUAAAGGUUCCUCCUUUCGUGCCGGACACCCCUGUGGCACGAGCUGACUUGGCUGCGCAGUACACCACAGUCAGCAGGCUGGACCAAGGUAUCGGUUUGGUUCUUCAGGAGCUCAAAGACGCUGGUUAUGAGAACGACACCCUGGUCAUCUACAGCUCAGAUAACGGCAUCCCCUUCCCGAACGGCAGAACCAACCUGUACACAUCCGGGACUGCAGAGCCCAUGUUGGUGUCCUCUCCCGAGCACAGGGGACGAUGGGGAGACACCAGCCGGGCCUACGUGAGCCUGCUGGACAUCACUCCCACCAUUCUGGACUGGUUCUCCAUUCCCUACCCGUCCUACAGCCUCCCCGGCGGGCCCGCCUCCCCGGUCCACCUCACCGGUCGCUCCUUACUGCCGGCCCUGGUCAGCGAGCCCCGCAGCUGGGACACCGUCUACGCCAGCCAGUCCCUCCACGAGGUGACCAUGUACUACCCGACCCGCUCAGUCCAGCGGGGGUCGUACCGCCUACUGCACAACCUCCACUACCGCAUGCCCUUCCCCAUCGACCAGGACCUGUACGUGUCGCCCACCUUCCAGGACCUGCUGAACCGCAGCAGGCUGAGCGAGCCCACUCACUGGUUCAAAAGCCUGCAGCAGUAUUACUACAGGCAGCGCUGGGAGCUGUUUGACUGCAGGGCAGACCCGCUGGAAUCGAGGAACCUGGUGUCAGACCCGUCCUACAGCGCAGUGCUGGAGAGCCUGAGGCAGAGCCUGCAGAAGUGGCAGUGGGACACGGGGGACCCCUGGGUCUGUGGACCGGACUACGUCCUGGAGGACAAGCUAGAGCCGCACUGCAGACCGCUCUACAACGGACUCUGAUGAACUCUAAUGGACACUAAAUGGUCCUCUCAGUCAUCUGGAUUGACAUGAUGUGCAUGGAUAUGGUCUCAUUGUUUUUUUAUCAAAUACAUUUGAUCAUUUGUUUUUUUUCUUUUUUUUGUCAAAUGCUCAAACCUUUGCUUUUACAAAACUGGAAUUGCAUUAAUUCCUAACAUUGUUUUUGGAAAAGAUUCAUUAAUCCUCAUGUAUCAAGAUAAUCUCAUCAAGUCCUCCUUAUCUGUCUCUAUUUGUUCUAAGGAACAUUUCCCCUCUUCCAGACCCCUCCAUCAUAACCCUCCCAUAGCCCUUUCAUACAACAUGGCUACACAAUAUAUAACUGAUUCAAACUA